CCAAGUGUGCAGAAUCCUGUCUACACACUUAAAUCCAACCUGAGAUUUAACCGCUAUUGAACAACGACAACCCCAUUUGACGAAGCUAACUGAAAGGUUUUACGGGGACCUUUCAAAGCGCUCCUCACCGCCUCCCCACAAAUACUCAGUAUGUUCUCCUACGGAGGGAUCUCGGCAAACAUCAGUGCGGACAGACUGAAGGCAGAGGGCAUGGGAUCCAACGAUCAGGCACUGCACUUCCUCAACCAGGACUUCGAGGCCCUGAGGCAGGAGUGUCUGGAGACGGGAUGCCUCUUUGAGGACCCCUGCUUCCCGGCCGAGCCCCCCUCGCUCGGCUUCAAGGAGCUGGCGCCAUACUCCUCCAAGACACGUGAUGUGGAGUGGUUAAGGCCAACGGACCUGACAGAUGACCCUCAGUUUAUUCUGGGUGGGGCUACCAGGACGGACAUCUGCCAAGGAGCCCUCGGUGACUGUUGGCUCUUGGCAGCCAUUGCUUCCCUUACUCUCAAUGAGAGACUUCUUCACAGAGUGGUACCACACGGCCAGAGCUUCCAGGAGGACUAUGCUGGAAUUUUCCACUUUCAGUUCUGGCAGUUUGGUGAAUGGACGGACGUGGUGAUUGAUGACCGGCUCCCAGUGAAGGAUGGCGAGCUCAUGUUCGUCCACUCAGCUGACGGCAAUGAGUUUUGGAGUGCCCUGCUAGAGAAGGCCUACGCCAAGCUGAACGGUUCUUAUGAAGCCUUGUCUGGCGGCAGCACCACUGAAGGGUUUGAAGACUUCACCGGGGGCGUGUCCGAGAUGUAUGAGCUCAAGCGACCACCGCGGGACCUGUAUCGUAUCAUCAGCAAAGCUCUUGAGAGAGGCUCCUUGCUGGGAUGCUCGAUUGAUAUCACCAGUGCCUUCGAUAUGGAAUCUGUGACUUUUAAGAAGUUGGUGAAGGGUCAUGCAUAUUCAGUGACCGGCCUUAAACAGGUGGAUUUCAGAGGUGGAAUGGAGAAGUUGAUCCGCGUCAGGAACCCCUGGGGUCAGGUGGAGUGGACAGGGGCCUGGAGUGACAACUCGCCUGAAUGGGAUGAAAUCGAUCCAUCUGAGCGAGAGGACCUCCAUUUACAAAUGGAGGAUGGGGAGUUUUGGAUGUCCUUUAACGAGUUCUUGAGGCAGUUCUCGCGGCUGGAAAUCUGUAACCUCACGCCGGACGCGCUGAGUGGAGACAACAUGAGCCACUGGAACACCAUGAAGUUCCAUGGCACGUGGAGGAGAGGGAGCACGGCAGGAGGCUGCCGGAACCACCCCAACACAUUCUGGAUAAAUCCCCAGUAUAAGAUCACUCUUCUGGAGGAGGACGACGACCCCGAGGAUGACGAAGUGGCCUGCAGCUUCCUGGUGGCUCUCAUGCAGAAGGAUCGCCGGCGAUACCGCAAGCAAGGCCAGGACAUGCACACCAUCGGCUUCGCUGUCUAUGAGAUUCCAGAGGAGUUUGCCGGCUGCCAGAAUGUGCACCUGAAGAAGGACUUCUUCCUAUCCCACUCGUCGGCCGCACGCUCCGAGACCUUCAUCAACCUGCGGGAGGUGAGCACGCGACUGCGGCUGCCGCCCGGCGAAUACCUCGUCGUCCCCUCCACCUUCGAGCCCAGCAAGGAGGCCGACUUUGUGCUGCGGGUGUUCACCGAGAAGCAGUCGGAAACGCAGGAGCUGGAUGACGUGAUUUCUGCCGAUCUGGAGGAUGAGGAAAUCUCAGAAGAUGACAUUGAUGAUGGCUUCAAGUCUAUGUUUUCUCAACUGGCAGGGGAGGAUAUGGAAAUCUCUGUUCGUGAGCUACGGACCAUUCUCAACAGAGUGGUGUCAAAACAUAAGGACCUUAAGACUGAUGGCUUCAGUAUGGAAUCCUGUAGGACCAUGGUCAACCUAAUGGAUAAAGAUGGCAGUGCCCGCUUAGGAUUGGUGGAGUUUCAGAUUCUGUGGAAUAAAAUCAGAAAGUGGCUGGGGAUCUUCAGACAGUUUGACCUUGACAAAUCAGGGACCAUGAGCUCUUAUGAGAUGCGCCUUGCUGUUGAAUCAGCAGGCUUCAUGCUGAACAAUAAACUGAACCAGAUCCUGGUGGCCCGUUAUGCAGAGAACGAGGUCAUCGACUUUGAUAACUUCAUUUGCUGUCUGGUCAAGCUGGAGGCCAUGUUCCGUUCCUUCAGAGAUUUAGACAAAGAUGGAACCGGGGAAGCGGAGAUGAACUUAACUGAGUGGCUGUUCAUGACCAUGUGUGGUUGAGCUGGACCAGUUCUUUGUGAGAAGAGGAACAAGCAAAACAUAAAAUCCAGAGCUGCCUGCAAAGCCUAAAAAGUCCCACGUAGUCUAACCUUACAUCCACUCAGCACACCGCUGCCAAACCUCCCAUAGACCAGUGGUUCUUAAACUUUUGUCUGGCGACCCCCCCCCCCCCCCCAAAAAAAAAAAAAGUAUUGCGACCCCCUUUACUCUAACCGGCGGAAUUUGGUUUCAAAAUGUUGUGAGAUGGGCAUUGGAAGCAGAGGCAGAACAUGUCUUCUCUUAUAGGUAGGCUAUGUCAACACCAAAGGCAUUAUGUCAAUGGCAGCCUUUGACUAAAAACCUUUAGCAAAAUGUCCAGACAAAUCAUGCAAAUCAUUUCGCGACCCCUCCGAUAUUUUUGGCGACCCCCAGUUUAAGAACCACUGCCCUAGACCACCAGUAACCAUAUGUGCUGCAAACUCUGGUAGUUAACCAGGUAGAAGAGUUGGUUGCCACGGUUCUAUUGGUUGUCUAUGUAAACAGUAUAGUUUGUCUGCAUGGUCAAGGUGAACACAGCAUACUGUGUUGUUUUAUUCUAUGCACUGUAAAUGCUGUUUUGUUGCAUUGUUGAUAAGUAUGACAUUUGUCUAGCAGGUAUAAAUAUUACAUAUUUUAUUAUGCCAGGUUAGGAGACUUUUUUUUUGUAUAAUCUGACACUAAUUUUUACCAGACACUGUGAAUGAACAAAACGUGCAUUUAGACACAACAAGAACAAUCAGAAGUUAUCAUUCACUUUGAGUAAUCCCACAGAGUUCAUUACGGCUGCUAAUUAUUUCAAGAUCAUGUCAGGUACAGAAAUCUAACCUUGUCAUUGCAAUGCAUCGUUGACCACUAGAUGGCAACAGCUGCUUAUCCUGCAUAGAGCCGUCGGUUUCUAUAUACGGCUCUGAUCCUGCAGGUACUACUGAUCUUUGAUGGCUAUGGAUUCUCUGUCUGCCAUGGGAUUAUGCCACUGUAUGACUUAAAAGAAUGACUAUAUCUGCUAACUGAAUUCUUGCCAUGGAAUCAGUUAUCACUGACUGAUGACUGAUGAAUUAAAUUUCUUGAAUUUCCCCAUGGGGAUCAAUAAAGUAUCUAUCUAUCUAUCUAAAUAAGACUAAUAUCAUGAGGUACAAGAUGAACUGACAUAAUCAUGAUUUGUUGUUUUAGAAUAAGCCUCAGUCAACACCACAACUUACCUGAAUGUAACCAUUAAGAUAAAAUUACAUUAAAGGAUCAACUGACAUCUCUUCAUGUAUUCAUGUUUUUUUAGAAAUUAUGUUAUAGAAGUAUUCAACCUUUCAACUGCUGAGGUGGCGCACUGUGCUAUGUUUACACCAAAUUGCAUCUUUAUGACUGUUUCACAAAACCUAUAUAGCAGAUAAAAAUGGGAUUCUUUGGGUGUCCUGUCUGAAUUUAGCUUGGAAUUGGUUUCAGAAAAGCAAAUACACAUACAUUACCAUUGGGGAUUUAUUCUG